AAUUAUUAGUGAAAAUUUUUGUAAACUUGGUUGUUAUUUAACUUAUAAACAAAGCUUCUAUUCUUGUUGAUUAUGCUGAUCCAGAAUAUGAACAUGAACUUUCAUCUUUAAUUACAAUACAUUAUAUUAUUUCACAAGAACGUUUUAAAACUUUAUUAAAAUUAACGAACAAUAAAAUUAAUUUUGAAGAACUUUCUACAAUUAUUCUUCCAAAACAACAAGCAAUUGAAUGUAAAACUUUGCUUGAUUCAUUUCAUCAACGUAUUAAUUAUCGACAGAAACGUUUUAAACGCAUUGAAAAUUUACAAAAACUUCUUCUUUCAUCCAUAUCAACUGAAAAAUUUCUAGAAAUGAUUUCAGACUUAGUGUCACCUAAUCAUUUACAUAUUCUCGAUCCAAUUAUUGAAAAAUAUUCUAUAUUUUUAACAACAAUUAUUAUAAGAAUUAUUU